CGAGCCUGUUGCCGGUACGGCAGAGAUUAGCGAGUCCUAACGAAUUAGGACAUAACAAAACAAGUAUAUGGAUUACCUCAUACCAGCUCUGAAAAUUAUCUUGGACAUGUAUGUGCUUAUCCCUGGAAAACUUAAUUUGAUUGUUGCGAAAGACCACCAAACUGCAGCGUUUAGGUAGGCCGUCCUGUAGUCAUGGUAUGAUAGUGUUAGCGUGCGUUUAACUUGGCCUGUUUAGCUUGCAUUCAGCUAGGGCUUCACGCCCAUUCGUCGUCAGAGGCCUGGGCCACCCAGAACAAUGGCUGGGGCGCUGCAACGCCCAAACGGUUUUGUUGCGUGCGCCAUAGAUUGGCCGUCGGCAUCUCGGCAUCGAAGCGGUUGUUGUCGACAACAUCCCUUCCAUCAACCCGGCCUGAGCGCUGGUCCGCGAGGGAAGAGGUCUAAGGACCAUAGUGCCAUACCUAUAGCUAGUAGCAGCAGCUUCUUAUGGUGGUGCGGGUCAGGUGCGAGGGAACUAAAAGCUUUAAUGGUACCCGACCCAGGUAAAGCGCCGCUUCCCUCCUGGGACGACUCUGCAGAACCGGCUCGUCCUUCAGCCCCAGCCGCUGCUGCAGCUACGGUGACCGCCUCGGCCGCAGCAUUAGCCCCAACGGCAGACGCAGCAUAUGCAGACCUGGCAGCAAACGUUGCUAGCGAGGCGGUGCAGGGUUCGGCUGGCGGGGCCGUUAGUCAUGCCAAUUAUGCCUCGGCUGGCAGCGUGCUGUCGUCGGUGCUUUCCUCGCUGGAGGAUGCGGACGUACGGCGCAGCAGCCUGGGCAGCGGGAGCAGUGUGGACGGGGAGAGCGAGGGGGAGAUGUGUGUGCUUGUGUCGGACCCGGCAGGGGAUGUGCAGAUGGUGUGCGCCUCCGACCCCUCCCACCCCGUGUCGCUGGCCGAGCGGGCGGUGGUGUCCCCGCUGCUGCCCGCCAGCCUGCUGCGGGACGUGGAGGCGCGGCUGGGUGCCGACCUGGCCACCCUGGGCCUCACCGUGCUGUUCGCAGUGGGCUUCAUCAGCCUGGAGUUCGGCAUCAACGACCUGAUAGAGAUCUACUGGGGUGACUCCACGCUGGCGGAUGUGGUGUGUGUGGCGGCGGGGCUGGCGCUGGUGUUCUGGGUGCGACUCAGCAGGGUGCGCAUCAUGAGGCUGGACAGGUGGCGGUAGGGGGGGCGACUGGACAGGUGGCGGUAGGGGGAGGGCUUGGAGAGGGGAGGUAGGGCGUGGCGCGUGCGAAUGGAAUAGGAUUGGAAAGCAGAUGUAAACUGAGCGUGAUUGGAGGAGGAGUGGUGGGGAUUUGGAUAGUUGAAUAGUUUGGACGGACGGACUGUCAGUACAGCAGGAGGUGGGUACUGGGUGGUUGCAUGAGGACGUGCGCCGACUGCCGUUUAGGCAGAAAGGAGGGACAGGCCUGGGGCGCGCUGGGAGUAUGGGUGUACCCGGCAGUGCGAGCAGGCGAAACCAGCGCUACCCGUGUGCCAGCUUCACCUCAACAAUCGCAC